GUCGGCCGUGGUUACCCGAGAUAGCCUGUCCUGUAGCUUGUCACAGGUCGGAGGCUGCAUGCGGCAUUAAAAGGGGCCUCAAUCUCAUUGCCGAUCCUAACAGGUCUCUGCAUUUGAAAUAAUCAAGAAACCUAUGUUGCCCUUGGUCGCCAUUCUUAGAUCCUUUUUUGUCGGCCGAGUUCAUUGAUACCGUCCUCGCCAAUCAUGGCGCAGGUGAACGGGCACUGCGAUGCAAAGUUUCAGGGCGUACGGGAAGCUUUUUCCAGGUACAUCCUAUCUGGGGAGGAGCAUGGUGGAUCUCUCGCCGUCAAUAUAGAUGGAAGAGACGUAAUCAACCUAUGGGGCGGAUAUGCCGAUGCAGCACGAACCAAACCCUGGAACGAGGAUACUAUCGUGAACAUAUGGGCCAACACCAAAAUUGUUUGCGCUCUAGCCAUGCUUACACUCAUCGACCGUGGCCUCGUGUCUUUGGACGAUUGCGUCGCUAAGUUCUGGCCAGAAUUCGCCACGAACGGUAAAGAAAGAAUUACGAUUCGUCAUGUCCUCUCACAUACUUCCGGAGUUGCUGGAUGGGACCACCCUAUGACACUCCAGGCUGUGUGCGACGUUGAUAGCUCCACGGCCGAAUUGGCAAAGCAGGCUCCGUGGUGGGAGCCUGGAACGGCUUCGGGGUAUCACUGCUGGACCUACGGCCACCUGAUCGGAGAGGUCGUGAGACGUGUGACGGGGCUUCGGCUGACGGAAUUCGUGGCUAAGGAGUUGUGCGAGCCAGUGGGCGCUGACUUGCAAAUCGGCGUGAAAGAGGAGGACUGGGCACGCGUAGCGGAACUCGUACCAGUUCCCAAUCUUGAGGACUUUCCGGCCUGGGUGCCGGGCUCUAUUCCAACAAGAGUCUUUAACCCACACGCAAGCGCGAACUUUGCCCAUGAUCCCAUAUGGAGACGGGCAGAACUAGGUUCUGUCAAUGGUCACGGGAAUGCACUGGCAUGCACGCGCUUGCUCUCAGCCUGGACGCUUGCGGGGCAGGGUUCUGAUCUGGUGUCGAAGGAAACGGCACAUUUGAUCUUCGAGGAGCAGGUCAGAGGGGUUGAUCUAUUCAAUGGAAUGUUCCUGCGAAUGGGAUGCGGGGCUAUGUCUCUACGAGGGGAUGGUGACACAGCAAUAGACCACUGGCUUCCGGCCGGCCGCGUUGGUCAAUGGGGUGGAUGGGGUGGGUCGAAACAUGUCAUGGACCUGGACCGGAAACUAACAUUUUCGUAUGUCAUGAACAAAAUGCGAGCGAAGGGACCCGUGACUCCAGUAGUUCAAGAGUUUCUGAAGGAGACGUACAAAGUGCUGGGGAUUGAGAUCUAAAGUAAAGGUAGAGAUGAGCGCUGUGGCUUGCGAGUAGAUGCAAAAACUUCAAACAUUUCCAAACUAUUGUUAUCGUACUUUAUAAAUAGACUAAGAGCCAUAUUAACUCUUAUAUAUCAUCACUUGCAUGUUUCGUUCGUCGUAUUCGACUGGAAGACCUUAAAUUUCUUCCAAUUACCUUCAACUUUACCUACAUUGCGGGUAGAUGGCGUGCUAUGUUGUCAUCCUAAACCAGGCCAUGUGGUGCGGGGGUGUAAU